GGGGAGGAAAGUGCAGCUCGCGCGACCAGCCUCCUCUUCCAACGUCACAUUGUGCGAGAGACAAAACCCGGGCGCGCCUGAGCUCACACGCGCACGCACACACAGACGACCCCAUCGCCGCUUCUCUCCUGGCGCUGCCGAGAAAGCCAGCCCUCCCUUCCCUUCCUGGGGCGCGGAGGCUCCGCAAGCUCAGAGCUCAGCCCGAGACAGCACAGAAGGCAAAGAAAGACGGUGGAUCAGCCUUCUUCCUCCCCUGCCUGACCGGGCUGAGGCAUCCCAUCCCCCGCCCUGAACCCCCGAUCUCUCCCACCCCACCCCUCUGGGUUUCACACGGACUGAGCCCAGAGCCGGGUGUGCCCCCAUUUGGAAUCCACGUUUCAGCACUUUGGACAGCGCCCGGGCGCCCCGGGUCCCUUCGUGUUGGCUAUGGCGAGCGUUCAGCAAGGCGAGAAGCAGCUUUUCGAGAAGUUCUGGCGAGGAACCUUUAAAGCUGUGGCCACCCCGCGUCCCGAAAGCAUCAUUGUCGCCAGUAUCACGGCCCGCAAGCCGCUGCCAAGGACAGAACCCCAGAGCAGUCCUCUGGUUCCAGCUCAGGAUGGACCCUCAGAAAAGCUGAGCCAGCAUCUGGCCACCGAGGCCUUGGGCACCAACUGCUGGGAGAGAGACAAGGCCUGCCGGGAGCUCAUUCCUGCCAGAGCACGCAGUGCCUCCCGCCACAAAGACUUGACACCACCACCUUCCUCCAGGGGGAAGAAGAAAAAGAAGAAAUCCACCCGGAAGAAGAGAAGGAGGUCCCCGUCAUAUAGUCCAUCGCCUGUCAAGAAAAAGAAGAAGAAAGGCUCCAAAAAACAUAAGCGACACAGGUCAUUCUCCAAGAAGAGAAGGCACAGCUCCUCCAGCCCAAAAAGCAAAAGGAGGGAUGAGAAGAGGCACAAAAAACAAUCACGAAGCCGGCCCCGAAAAUCUCACCGUCAUCGUCAUCACCAUUAUCCCUCGCGGUCGCAGAGCUCCGAGUCUCGCUCCUCAAGCUGUGAGAGCAGGCACCGCGGCAGGUCCCCCGAGGAAGGGCGGAAGUCCCGCCGAAGGCACUCCCGCCGCUGCUCCAGGACCCUCGGCAAGGCCAGCCCCGAGGCCCGCUCCAGCCACCCGCCCAGCCAGCCCCUCCAGAUGCUCGGCCUCCUGUCGGCCAGGGGUGUAAUCACUGGGUCGGGGUCUGCAGCUGACCUCUUUACCAAAACAGCCAGCCCGCUCACCACCUCCCGAGGACGCUCCCAGGAGUAUGACUCAGGCAAUGACACUUCUUCACCGCCCUCCACGCAAAUCAGCUCAGCCAGGUCCCGAGGUCAAGAGAAGGGGAGCCCCAGUGGGGGCCUCACCAAGAGCCAGGAGCUCCACUGUGGCAACACCUCGGAUUCAGGGAACUCCUUCACCACCUCCUCACCCCAGAACAAGGGUGCCACUUUGGAGAAUCUCUCCCCCACCAGCAGGGGCAGAGAGUCAAGAAGAUUUCAGUCGCCGUGUCUGGAGUGUGCAGAGGUGAAAAAGUCCAGCCUGGUCCCAUCUACAGCCCGGAGCUCCCCCAUGAGAGGGUGCUCCCGCAGCCCCUCCUAUGCCAGCACCCGCUCUUCCAGCCACUCCUCCCGAUCCCCAAACCCCAGGGCCUCCCCCAGGUACACCCGAAGCCGGUCCACCUCAUCCAGAAAAAGGUCCUACUCGCGCUCUUCCAGCUACUCCUCCAAGUCCGGCAAGAGGAGCCCACCCGGCAGAAGCUCCCGCUCGCGCCGCAGCCCCAGCUACUCGAGGUACAGCCCCAGCAGGGAGCGGGACCCCAAGUACAACGAGAAGGAGUCGCAGCAGCGGGAGCGGGAGCGAGCGCGUCGGAGACGGCGGUCCUACUCGCCCAUGCGGAAGCGCCGGAGAGACUCCCCGAGCCACCUGGAGGCGCGGAGGAUAACCAGUGCCCGGAAGCGCCCCAUCCCCUACUACCGGCCCAGCCCCUCUUCGUCCAGCAGCCUCGGCAGCACCUCCUCCUGGUACAGCAGCAGCAGCAGCCGCUCGGCCAGCCGCAGCUACUCCCGGAGCCGGAGCCGCAGCCACAGCCGGACCCGCAGCCGCAGUCGCAGCCGGACCCGCACAAGCAGCAGCUCCAGCUCCCGCAGCCCCAGCCUGGGCUCCCGGAGCCGGAGCCGCAGCUACAGCUCAGCGGAAAGCUACUCCAGCACGAGGCGCUAAGCAAGAGCCCUCCCCUGAGUCGGCUGCCGGCAGGAGGGCCCCCUGCACUCUGCCAGCCUGUCCCCCUCCCUGCCCACCCUGCCUUCUCCUCGGUGAUGGACCUUGAGGG